AUGGAGUUCCCUUACGUGUCAAGCGGCUGGACGAACGAUGCCGAGAAGGCGCUUGCGGCCAGUGACCAACGCUUGAAGAGCCGCACGCGAGCGAAGCGGUUAUACCACCGAAAGCGCAAUUUACUUGAUGAGCUUCAGCAUGAUGUGGAGGCUUUGGAGAUCGAGUACAACCGACUGCUGUCCGUACACCAGGAAAAAGAUGCCCAUCCGACAACUGAAGGUCUGGUCACCGACUCGAAAAGUGCUGUCCAUCGCGCGUACGUGCAAUUGGCACAGAUGAAGAACGCGCUGGUCAAGGAGAACGAGGAAUUGCAGCGUCUGCAUGCCAUGAAUCUUGCAAUGGAGCAACAAGUUGAGCAACUUGCAGCAGCUCAGAAGAAGAGUCAGUUGUUGAUGGAACAAGAGCAAGAAUACAAGCGGCAGAAUCCCGAGCUCAAGGUUAAUCCAUUGUCCCAAGCCCAGUGUGCCGAGAUUGCGCGGCUUUCGUACCUUGAGAUUCAGGCAUUUCGAGAAAGCGACACUUGCUUUUCCACCGGAACGAGCGUGCUUGGCUGGCGAGAUCGACACGUGCUGCGUCAGAACAAACUCAUGUUUUCGCUCGAGAAGACUUUCCACGGACGUGCGACGGACAUGAUGGCUCGAAAUAUCUGGGAGAUCUUGUCGUUGCCUGAACCCGUUAUUAUUAUGCGUCCGCGCGAUGCCAAAGUGCACUUCCACGUUGUCCAGCGACUCCAUGAGGAUGCCGUUGUCUACUACUACACUCUAGAGCGCGAAGACACGGAUAUUCGGAUCCGAGCGUUCAUCUUGGCCAUGCGGGUCGACCUUGGACCGGAAGGGUGCAUGGUCAUUCUGCGCAGCCUCGACCCCAAGACAUACCUUCAACAAGACGGCGACUGCACAACUGCUCCAGUUCGCCGUGGACGUCGGAAAGUGGAGCCGCACAAGGAAAACUUCUGGCUUGAUGUGUUCGUGUGGAGCUUUUAUGAGUACGCGGGCGAGCAUCUUGAGGACUGCAAGCAAACAUUUGGUGGCGAAAUCGAGGGCACGACGCUCGCGACUACAGGAUGGUGGUCGAUUGAGAUACUCGAGAUGGCCCUACGCAUGGAAAGCCGAGGGAUGGGGUCGUGGGGGCUACUGCAAUGGUAA